AUGCAGACGUCACAACAGUCCCAACUUCUCCAGAACUCGGCGGAGGCGGAGGCGGCGAACAAUCAGUCGGAAUCGGACGCGCCGCCGAAGCAGGUGGCUCAGGCGAUGGAUCGCCUUAAUCAAGCGGCUAGGGUUAUCGCCGAUAUCCGCCUCGGCGCCGACCGUAUCCUUGAAGCCAUGUUCGUGACUACGACUCCUCGCCACACCGAUAUGCCUCUUCAGCAGUUCCUCAGAGAAGACGCCUCCAUGCGUCAACACCUUCAGGACCUCCGAUCAAUCGGGAAGAAAUUGGAAGAAUCUGGAGUUCUCACUGAAUCUCUCCGGUCAAGAAGUAACUCGUGGGGUCUUCACAUGCCAUUGGUAUGCCCAGAUGGUGCAGUCGUUGCUUAUGCUUGGAAACGACAGCUCGCUGGUCAAGCUGGUGCGUCUGCUGUUGAUAGAACCAGGUUAGCUCUCAAGGCCUUCACGGAUCAGAAAAGACGAUUCUUCCCUCACAUUGACGAUGGACUCAAGAUGGAACCAAGAUCAAAGAAGCAUUGUGCAUCCCAUUCACCACUAGAGCAUGAAAGAGAGGAGCCGGAUGAUUAUAAAACCUUGCCAGAUAUACAAUCGCGUUUAGAGAAGGUGGUCCCGGAUGUGAAGGUGUCUACUUAUGGGCGGUUUAACUGGCUCAAAAGGGCUAAUUCUUUAGCUGGGUCAGGAAGUGACGAUCCAGCAGAAGCGUCAAAACCUGUGUUCCAGAGUUCUAGCAAGCUGAGAUCAGGGUUACAGAGUCAGGUUGUUGAUAAGGUUGCCGUGAUUGAAAUAUCGUUUCCUUCUGUAUUCAGAGCUGUGGUCUCGUUGAAUCCAGCUGGUUCUGUUGACCCUGAUGCAGUAGCAUUCUUCUCUCCAGAUGAGGGAGGCAGCUACUUACAUCCGAGAGGCUUCUCGGCUCAUCAUGUUUACAAACAUAUCACGGAGCACGCUAAUACAGCCUUGCAAUAUUUCCUCGGGUUUGGUACUGGAGCAGCUCUCUACUCUCUUCUGCUAUGGAUAUGCAGUUUCGAAUCCCUUUUUAGCAAACCUUGCAGUAAAUGUGGAAGGCUAUUGGCAAUGGAUAAAAAAUCUGCUUUAAUCCUACCUCCUCUACACCGCGCUUACCAAGAACUGCCUCUUGCACUCAGCCUCGAUGUUUGUGAAGCGUACCACGCCGGUUGUUCUCCAGAUGAUUCUUAG